AUGCCUUACAAAGAUAUUAACCAACAACGGGAGAAAUCUCGUUUAGCCAUGCGAAAACUCCGAGCCAAGCAAAAAGGAUUAACACCGGAGGAAAUAACUCGGUUAACCACGGACGGGGAAGUUCAGAGCGAAAUUCAGCAAACACAACAAAACUUUUUGACCGCAAUGGAAAACUUAAUCCGCCAGGAGUUAGGCAAAUUUUCGCCCCCAUCAGGGCUAAAAACCCCCAAGCCAACUCCUGCUCGCCCGAAGUCUGCUGCCUCUCCGGAAAAGAUAAAAGUUGAUAUUGCGGCCUUAGAAAAAAGCACCGGCUUAAAAAGCGAUUGGCGACGCAAUUCGCCGGAACAAGAAAUUUAUCGGGCUUUUCGAGAGGAGGAAAAUGAGGAGGAAAUUUAUCGUCGCGAUAUGCGUUUGGCUAAUCAGGACCAGGAACGACAAAAAGAAAUAGAGUUUUGGGAUAAAGUUCAAAAUCAGGAUAAUACUGAACUAAAAGAAAAUGACGAUGAAUGA